GCCGAUUUUUUUAUUCAUUCAUUUUCAUUGUUCUCAUAUUUUUCAGAUAUUUUUACGCAUUGGUAUAAAUAGCACGAGUAGAAUUGAAAUUUUAGUUACACCCGGUUUUUUUUCGCUACUCGUUAUCGUGAUAUGUUUUUAUUGAAAUACGUACUUGUGGCCAAAUGGGUAGUGAAUUAAAUCUACACACUACUGAAUCCAGGUUCUCAGCAAAUUGUCUGUUAUGUCAAGAUUCUUUAUACUAUGUUACAUUUGGACUAAAUAUCUUUUGCCACUCAUUUGUCAUAUCAUUAUCAGCACAUUGAGUAUAGCAAGCAGGACAUGGAUUGGAAGUAUAUUUUCCUUUAUGUGGAACUGGACUGGGGGAUGGUUCAGCUGGACUCGGCAGUCAGAUGAAAUGUUAAGGAACAUAGAAAAGAAAAUAUUAUCAUGUUUAAAGACUGUGUAUAAACGAUUCUACGUGGAUAUCGGAUCGGUGGUGGGACAGAGCGAUAAAAUAUGGACGAUAUCGCUCAACGAUGAGUCUUCAAAGACUCCGCUCGUGCUGCUGCACGGAAUGGGCGCCGGCCUCGCCCUCUGGUGUCCAAACCUUGACGCCUUGGCCGCUACAAGGCCUGUGUAUGCCAUUGACGUUUUGGGCUUCGGCCGUAGUUCCCGCCCAAAGUUCUCGGAUGACGCGGAAAAAGCCGAGACUCAAUGGGUGGAGUCGGUGGAGGAGUGGAGACGAGAGGUGCACCUCGGGGAGAUCAUCCUGCUGGGGCACAGUCUCGGCGGGUAUAUAGCGACCGCGUACGCCAUGAAGUACCCAGAAAGAGUGCGGCACCUAAUCCUAGCCGACCCCUGGGGCUUCACAGAGAAGCCGUCCAAUGUAUACGAGAAAUACCAAGUGCCUUUUUGGGUACGUGCGGUAGCCACUGCUGUGCAACCGUUCAACCCACUGUGGGCGGUCCGCGCCGCAGGCCCGGCGGGCAAGUGGCUGGUCAGCAAGACCCGUCCAGACAUCAGCAGGAAGUACGUCAAGUACAUAAAGGACGCCGAAACAGUCAUACCCGAGUACAUCUAUCAGUGCAACUCGCAAACGCCCAGUGGUGAAAGCGCCUUCCACACGUUAAUGCACGGGUUUGGUUGGGCCAAGAAUCCAAUGGUGAAACGACUGGACAAACUAGACCCCGAGCUUCCCAUCACUGUGCUGUACGGCUCAAGGUCGUGGGUCGACAACACUACUGGCCAGCUGCUCUGCGAGCAUCGGCAGACCAGUAAAACUUAUGUCCAGGUAAUCAAUGGCGCUGGUCACCAUGUGUAUUUAGAUAAACCGGAAUUAUUCAACAAAUACGUACUGGAAGCGUGUUCACGAGCAGACGAGAGAAAACCGGCGUCGAAUACAGAACUGGUACCGGUAACCAACGUGGAACAAAACACAGACAUUGCGAAUUCUUGAUAGCGAUGUAGCCCUUAGAUAGUAUUUAAUUGUUGUUACUAUAAAUUGACUUGUGCUUUAUUAAUAAUGUUUUGUAAACAAUCACAAUACGCUUUGAUACUAGUUAGGCAGAAAUCUUAUGCAUUUGUAAUAUCGACCAAAUUGGUAUAUUCUAAAGUUUAUAAGUAUUUAUGUACACAAGUACCUACAAUUGACAUCCUAUUUAAUAUGAUUAUUAUCACAAAAAUUAAUAAAUCAUAUAGUGUCAUUUUUUUAAUUAUAAUUUUAAAUUAGAAGUAAAAGCAAAUUUUUCCGCGGAUGUCAUUUUCUCUCGCGUACUGAAUUUAAGUAGACGGCACAUAAUUUAAACUAUAAAAAAAUACUGGCGACUUCAUCUGCACGGAUCUCAUAAUAUUCCGCAGGCCAUAGACUAAAAUAGUUGGCGCGAGUAUCUCAAUCUCUGAACAAGAGUGCCAUUAUUUCUACCUACUAUGAAGAUGUUAUUUAUUUAUAGUAAGUUAAUUAUAACUGUAGAUCUUAAUUUUGUCAAUCAUAAUUUUUUGGACAAUAAUUUCAAUGUAGGAAGUACGACUUAAAAUUUAUCUUUUGUCCAAGUAGGCAAUUUUCACUUAUUAGUAAUAAAAAUGGGUAUGAAAUGUAGUUACAGUUACUACGUUUAUUUACAUCUAUAUCUGUGUCAUCGACUAUUUAAAAAAAAAAUCUUUUCUUGGAGAUGCCUACUUUACAUGGAAGCUUUAUUUAAAAUUCCAAAUUCCUAAAUUUAGCUGUAGAUUGAUAUAUCGGACUGUUUUAUUUUUCAUGUUAUGUAGAUAUACCAAAAACUCUCUUAUAAAAGGUACGUGGUCGCAAAUACAAUUGCUUCAGGGAAUAUAUUAAUCUACAAAGCAAAAUGAAGUUUCGAAUUAUAUUUAAUAAUAUUAAUUAGAGUUAAAGAAAUCGAGUGUCUGAAGUAUAUUGUUAUAUAACAUCGUUGAAUUCAUAAUUUACGGUAGAACGACAUGCGUUCUACCGUAAAUUAUGAAUUCUAAUUCGCUCUCUCCGAGAGACUACCGCUACCAUAAUGAAUCUACUGUAAACGACACUCAAAUUGUAAUAUCAGGUUGUUAACUACGUACGUGAUCAAAUACGUGAUCACGAAAAUUAUUUAUUGUUUACAUUGUUUACCUAAUUUAAAUUGUUUUUAAGUGAUUAUUAAAAAAUAAAGAAACCCUUUGGGUUUCUUUUUGUUAAUUCAUCAAUCCCUAAAUACUGUUUAUUGUAUUUUAUAAUCCUAAUUUUUUUUUAUUAUAUAAUAAUGCCGUACCUGAUGCCCAAAAAUACUAACAUAUACCUACUUAUAGUACAUAUAUAAACAUUUAAGGUAUUAGACUGCAUAUUAUUGUUUAUAAAUUAUGUUAUAUUUUUUUAACUUCAUUGUUUUUAUUUUUAAUGAAAAAUACCAUUAAUGUUGAUUUUAAUGAUUUGUUAAAGUUUUAUAAAAACUAAAAAAAAAACAUUUUGAAGAGAUGAAAACUUUACAAAACUGUUCUAUACUUUAACAAGCCAUUUUGAUUCGCAAAUAACAGAUAUUUUUUUGUGACAAAAUUAAUAUCGAUUGCAAAGUAAAAUAUUAUAAUCGGUUUUGAAUUAGUAAAGAUAUUAUGUAAUAUUCAUAAAAAAAAAACUGGCAAUUGGAAAAUUCGCUUUUUCAAAUUGCUUUAAGUGUACGUUUUGAAUUCCCACGAAGAGAUUAUAGCAAAUACUGUAUGCAUACCUAAAAAUCGAAUUAAAUGUUCCAUGACGUACACAAUUAGAAAAUAUGCUAGUGAAAUUGAACUUUGUAAACAUUGUGAACUGUCAUUACUAUUUAACUAAUAUUGAAUGUUUAUAUGUCCUACUAAAUAAAAAAUUCUAAGAUACCUGCAAUUCUAAGUACAUACUGAUUUAUAAGGUGCACCAGAUAUGUACUAGAAUUAUAGCCGUGUCGUAUGUUAACCAUUCCACACCUUUUCUAUUCCAUAAUAUCCUACCUUCUUAUCGCGUAAAAAUAUUAACUAAAAUCCUUAUUAUUAUAAGAAUAAUCUUUCAUUAUUAAAUUCGCCUUUGGAAAUCCUGAAUGUAUACAUGCCAUUUAAUAUGUGGCACAAAGGUGAUAUAAUUUUACCAAAAGCACAAAUGUGUUCUUUGACAUAAUACUAAUAGUUAAGAUUAAAAUAAGGCAAAUUGUUUCGUUGUCGUGUUGUUAUGUGGCCACUGGCUUUUUAUACAUAAAUGGAAGGUAAUGUAAAUAAACGUAAUUAAAGACUU